GAUCUAUUUAUCCAUCGGAUCCUUUGGAUCCAUCGCAUCCAUUGGAUCCAUCGCAUCCAUUGGAUCCUUUAAAAAAAGGAUCUAUUUAUCCAUCGGAUCCUUUGGAUCCAUCGCAUCCAUUGGAUCUUUUAAAAAAAGGAUCUAUUUAUCCAUCGGAUCCAUCGGAUCCAUUGAAUCCAUCGCAUCCAUUGGAUCCUUUUAAAAAAAGGAUCUAUUUAUCUAUCGGAUCCUUUGGAUCCAUCGCAUCCAUUGGAUCCUUUAAAAAAAGGAUCUAUUUAUCCAUCAGAUCCAUUGGAUCCUUUUAA